CAUCCAGAUAUCAUUAUGCAUCAGAAAAAUGAAAAAACACAGGAAAAUUCUAUGGAGGAAAAAAAUCCACUUAGCCUUUUCUGAGAAGUGGAAUACUGGGUUUGGAGGCUUUAAGAAGUUUUAUUUGCAGCAACACUUAUGCAUACUGAAAGCUAAGUUGGGAAGGCCAGUUACUAGGAAUAGACAUUUGAGGCAUUUCCAGUGUAGAAAGAAGGCCCUUCAAAUCCAGAAAACGUGGAUACAGGAUGAACAUUUUUCUACUAAGACCAAGUCCAAUGUGGCAACUCAAAACGUUAGUACUUUGUCCUCAAAAGUGAAAAGAAAGGACAGUAAACACCUUAUUUCAUCCUCAAGCACUCUCCUGAAACUCCAAGCAGAGAAGUUGCUGUCAUCAGCAAAGAACUCUGACCAUGAAUACUGUGGGGAGAAAAGUCUCUUGAAGGUGGUUGCUGACUUACCAGCAAAUAGUGUUUUAGGUCAGGCCAGUGGUCAAAGACCUAGGACAGAGCCACAAGCUUCUGAUUUUCCCAUGAAGUUCAAUGGGGAGAGCCAAAAUCCAGGUGAGAGCAGCACGAUUGUGGUCACCUUGAGCAACCGUAAGAGAAAGCGCUUUUGUUACGGUUGCUACCAGGGUCUGGAGCACCACAGGAAUGGGGGACCCAUGAGUCGAAAAACGUUCCAACUUAACCAACAUAGAAGGAUAAAAGUGUCUCCUCUGAUGAUGUAUGAGAAAUUAUCCAUGAUUAGAUUUCGAUACAGGAUUCUCAGAUCCCAGCACUUCAGAACAAAAAGCAAAAUUUGCAAACUAAGAAAAGUCCAGCGAAGCUGGGUGCAGAAGGUCACUGGGGACCAUCAAGAGACCCUUAGGAGGAACGGUGAGGGCGGCAGUUGCAGCCCAUUCCCUUCCCCAGAACCUAAAGACCCUUCUUAUCGGCAUCAGCUGUACUUUCCGGAAAUGGACAGCAAUGCUGUGGUGAAGGGAAAGAACUCUCAUGUGCCUGAUGGCCACACUAAAGGAAGCCCUUUCUUGGGCAAAGAGCUUAGUUUAGAUGAAGCAUUCCCUGACCAACAGAAUGGCAGUGCCACAUAUAUCUGGGACCAGUCACCCUGUUCCUCUCCUAAGUGGGAGUGUACAGAGCUGAUUCAUGACAUCCCCUUAUCAGAACAUCAUUCUGGUAAUGUAUUCAUCUCAGAAACCAAAAGAGAAAUUGUGACUCUGGGUCAGGAAAAUUGGACAAAUGCUGUCACUGAUGACAGAGUGAAACUGUCAGUGUCUGGAGGAGAUAAAUCUGUGAGUAGUAUAGAUGGGCCUGUGUCUGAAGAGACUGUUCAAAAUGAGAACUCAUACCAGAUGGAGGAAAACGGAUCUCUCAAGCAGAACAUUCUCAGUUCUAAGUUGCUGGACCAUCCUUACUGUAAAAGUCCACUGGAGGCUCCUCUGGUGUACAGUGGACUCAAACUAGAAAAUCAAGUGGGAGGUGGGAAGAAUAGUCAAAAAACAUCUGCAGUGGAUGAUGAACAGCUGUCAGUUUGUCUUUCUGGUAUGCACUCUUCCUUUAUUCUCCCUCAUCCUCCAACACACACUUGCUGUUCAUUAUCCUUUUUAGAAGGUUCUGUGUUUUUCUUCUUACAUGUGGAUUUCCGUUUAAGCAGUUAG